AUGCCAAAACAAAAUCAAGCUCAGAGGCGGAAAGCUUCAGCACAGAAGCAACGUGAUCAAGCCAAAAAGAAACAAGCACAGCAGAAAGAGCGAACUCAACAGCAACAAGAUGAUAAACCUGAACUUGCCGAAAGGCAAACUCAGUCACAAGUAUUUCCAGAAUUCGAAAUAUCAGACAAGUUUUUUGAGUUACGAUCAGCAUUAGAAAUUUUACAGGUGUCUAAUCUUAUUACAGAUGAGGAAGCUAAAGAGAUGCAAAAGAUGUAUGCUUUCAAAGACGAGCCAACUGAGCAUGAGUUGUUGGCGUCUGUGUUUGAAAGAAUCGAAGCGUACGUAGGUGAUGCUGGAAAAACUUCGAAAGAGCGCAGGCAGGUAAGGAAUGCGAAGAGAGCAAUUCAGUAUCAUACAGAGAUGCAAAGUAUAUUGCGAGGUCAAAAACAAGUCAAAAAAGCUCAAGCGUCUCUAAGGCCAUCACGUCCAGCGCAACCAGCAGAAGCCGGAAGUUCUGGAAAGGAAUCGCAACCACCUCAGCAAGCGCAGAUCCCUCAACCAGAACCACCUGAAGUUCGCCGAGAGCGCUUAAUACAAGAACACCGGGAUCACGAAAUAGGAAUCUCCGGUCAACUGAAGUUUCUGGCGGAUGAAUUGCUAUCCCUUGGCGUACUUUCACGACGCGAAGCCUUACAACUUCGACCACCGUCGACCCUCGCAGGUUGGACGGAUCUACUACAUGACCUCGAAGGGAAACUUGGACGUCAGGUAUCCGGACGUGGACAAGCGACCGAGCGAAGAAGAGCAAAUGCGCAGCACAUGCUCCACGCCUUGAAGGGUGUGGCUUUCGGCCAACUGGCCCCGCCUCAAGGGAGCCAAGGGCCUCGACAGAGCCAGGGGCCUCGACAGAGCCGGGAGCCUCGUCAGAGUCCUAGUCCUAUAUUAAUACAAGAAGGAGCAGCUUUUACUCGUUCUAGUUAG